UACAGCGUACGCUUUUGCCGCGGAGUCCUACUCGGUCUAUUUACUUUAUUUUAAACGCAGAGAGGAAACAAGAUGGCGGCGGCUGCGCCUGGAACGCUUUCCCUUCAGGGGUUGAAACACAUCUCGCGAGAGGUCCCUCUUCGCAGUCCCAGAUGUUUAACGGGGAGAUGAGGAGCAGCGCGGUGCUCUCCGCAGCGGAGGCACGCAAUGUGAUGCGCAGCUCCAGUAUCAGCGGGGAGAUGUACAACAUGGAGAAGAGCAACGGGAGCCCGCCCGACGCGGCCGGUAUCUCCACCAAUAAGAAGAGGCGCUCCAGCCUGGGCGCCAAGAUGGUGGCCAUCGUGGGGCUGUCCCAGUGGAGCAAGAGCACGCUGCAGCUCAACCAGGCCGACGGAGGCACAAAGAAGCUCCGCAGCAACAUCCGCAGGAGCACGGAGACGGGCAUCGCCGUGGAGAUGAGGAGCCGAGUCACCCGGCAAGGCAGCAGGGAGUCGACUGACGGCAGCACCAACAGCAACAGCUCGGAGGGCACGUUCAUAUUCCCUACAACACGCCUGGGAGCGGAGAGCCAGUUCAGUGACUUCCUGGACGGUCUCGGCCCCGCCCAGAUCGUCGGCCGACAGACGUUAGCCACGUAUCCAAUGGGCGAUGUCCAUGUUGGGAUGGUGGACAGGAAUGGACAGCUGGAGGUGGAGGUCAUUCAGGCCCGCGGUCUCACCCCGAAACCAGGCUCCAAAUCAAUUCCAGCUGCCUAUGUCAAGGUGUAUGUGCUGGAGAACGGAGCCUGUUUGGUGAAGAAGAAAACCAAGCUGGCCAAGAAAACCCUGGACCCCGUCUACCAGCAGACUCUUCAGUUUGACGAGAGUCCUCAAGGAAAAGUGUUACAGGUGAUUGUGUGGGGGGAUUACGGCCGGAUGGACCACAAGUGCUUCAUGGGGAUGGCUCAGAUCCUGCUGGAAGAGCUGGACCUGUCCAGCAUGGUGAGUGGCUGGUACAAGCUGUUCCCCACCUCCUCCCUGGCUGACUCCACCAUCGGGCCCCUGACCCGCCGCCUGUCCCAGUCCUCCCUGGAGAGCUCUACCAGCCCCUCCUGCACCUAGAGACCCUCGCGGGGGGCCGAAUCGGGGGGGCCACUGUGCAGACCACCUCCUCCAGGGGAGAGAGGAUCUCUGCUCAACCAACGCCAACCACAACAGAAACAGUGUGUCUGACUGUAUGUGGCUCUUUUCUCUAUGUUUGUGUCCAUGUAUAUAUAAAGCACAAUGGGUCUCAUCUCAAUCUGAAGCGCAGAACCCAAGGCAACAGAUGCUUUAUAUAUACUGCAUAUAUAUAUAUAUAUAUAUAUAUAUAUAUAUAUAUAUAUAUAUUUACAGUAUGCAUAUACAUAUACAUAUCUAUUUUUGUAUAUAGUGUUUAUUCAGUAUAUAAAUCUAUAUAUAUGUGCUCUCUAUAUAUAGUUUUUUAUAUACUGUAUAUGGUAAAUAUGUAUAUGAGCUAUAUGCAUGUAUAUGUAAAAAAAACAUUGGAAAAGAAUUACAUGGAUUUACACCAAAGCAGAAGUAUAGCUGGUUUUUAAAAAGGGGGCUUGACAAUGGUUUUGAAGCUGCCCAUGCUAAUGUUUAAAAGAGGA